UCUUCCUUACAUUUUCCUUUUUUCUCUUCUUCUCCAUCUCUCUCUCCCCCUUACACAUUUCUCCACCAGCUCGGAGAUUAUCUCUCCGUCGUAAUUAAGAUCUAUAUACCAAUGGAAGCAGUAAACUCUUCAAGCUCGAUAUCAGAGCUAGACGACAUAUCACGGUUACUUGACCGGCCGAGGCUAAAUAUUGAACGGAAAAGAUCGUUCGAUGAGAGGUCGUUCAGCGAAAUGGGAAUCUUCGAAACCCUUAAUUCUCCCGGAGGCAGGUCCGGAUGGGAUACUCCGGUUUCUUCGGCUAGAAACUCGUUUGAGCCACAUCCUAUGGUUGCUGAGGCUUGGGAUGCUUUGAGACGUUCCUUGGUUUACUUUCGUGGCCAACCCGUUGGUACUAUUGCUGCUUAUGACCAUGCUUCUGAGGAAGUCUUGAACUAUGAUCAGGUGUUCGUAAGAGACUUUGUUCCAAGCGCACUAGCUUUCCUCAUGAACGGAGAGCCAGACAUAGUCAAGAACUUCCUCCUCAAGACAAUUCAAAUCCAAGGAAGAGAGAAAAAGAUCGACAGGUUCAAGCUUGGCGAAGGCGCGAUGCCUGCUAGCUUCAAGAUCCUUCACGAUCCAAUCAAGAAGACUGAUACUGUCAUUGCUGACUUUGGAGAGAGCGCCAUUGGAAGAGUGGCUCCGGUUGACUCAGGUUUUUGGUGGAUCAUUCUCCUCAGAGCCUACACCAAGUCCACUGGAGACACUUCACUAGCUGAAACACCUGAAUGUCAAAAGGGAAUGAGACUCAUUCUCUCUCUUUGCCUCUCCGAAGGCUUCGACACUUUCCCGACUUUGCUUUGCGCUGAUGGCUGCUCCAUGGUCGAUCGGAGAAUGGGGGUUUACGGGUACCCGAUAGAGAUCCAAGCUCUAUUCUUCAUGGCUCUUCGAUCAGCAAUGUCGAUGCUAAAACAUGACACGGAAGGGAAAGAGUUCAUGGAGAGGAUAGUGAAGAGGCUACACGCGCUUAGCUUCCACAUGAGAAGCUAUUUCUGGCUCGAUUUCCAGCAGCUCAACGACAUCUACCGUUACAAAACAGAGGAGUACUCGCACACUGCGGUCAACAAGUUCAACGUCAUCCCUGACUCGAUCCCUGAGUGGGUAUUCGAUUUCAUGCCUCUACGUGGCGGUUACUUCAUAGGAAACGUUAGUCCAGCUCGUAUGGACUUCAGGUGGUUCGCUCUUGGCAACUGUGUAGCGAUCCUUGCUUCUUUGGCCACACCUGAGCAGUCGGCUGCGAUCAUGGACUUGAUAGAGGAGCGGUGGGAGGAGCUGGUGGGUGAGAUGCCGGUUAAGAUUUGUCAUCCGGCGAUCGAGAGCCAUGAGUGGAGGAUUGUUACUGGUUGUGACCCUAAGAAUACUCGUUGGAGUUACCAUAACGGAGGUUCUUGGCCAGUGUUGUUGUGGCUAUUAACAGCUGCGUGCAUAAAGACGGGACGGCCACAGAUAGCGAGGCGGGCAAUUGACCUGGCGGAGGCAAGGCUGUUGAAGGACGGUUGGCCGGAGUACUACGACGGCAAAUCGGGAAGGUUCAUCGGAAAACAGGCGAGGAAGUAUCAGACAUGGUCCAUCGCCGGUUACUUGGUAGCCAAGAUGAUGUUGGAAGAUCCUUCUCAUCUUGGAAUGAUCUCAUUGGAAGAAGAUAAACAGACCAAACCUGUCAUUAAGAGAUCCUAUUCUUGGACUUGUUAAUUUGUUGUCCAUUCUUUGAGAAGAAAUAUUCGCCUAAAAUUUUGUUUUAUUAAAGUUCACGAAAUUUGUAUUAUCGUUUUUUUUUCUUCUUUUAGUGAUAAAGUGAUAACCUUCUUCUUUUCACAUAAUUUAUAUCUUAUUUUCUCUUUGGCUGGUUACCUCAUA